UGCCGUCACAUGAUCCUGAAUGAGGUGGAGUUCGGCUUUAAGGGGGCGUCUCUUCCUAUCUUCCUCAAUCUUUAGGGUUUGAGCAGGAGAAAUACCAACAGAUCUUUUCUCCCUCCAGUGACACUCGUCCCGCUUCAACAGCGGUGAACAGACGCAUUCUUUAAAAGUGAGAUGCAAACUCUUUCUAUAGAGAAGUACUGCUACUUUCCUGACCUUUAUUCUUUCUCGGAGAUUUACUAAGCUAUUAAAGAGUUGAAGACAUAGCCUGGAGUAUGUCUAAGUUCCAGGAUGAAGCAUGGUAACUGAACAAACUUUCUGUGUCUCACAAGAAUCCACAUACAAGCACACACUCAGUGGAGCUCGGUGAUAGGGCCCCAAGAGAAGCCACAGAGUAUUCAGUUCAAGGGAAUGAAGAACUGAGAAUUAUCUUGGUGAAUGGAUUCAAAUAUAUGGAAUAAGAGUACGCUGAAGAUGAUUUGAUCCGUUUUGAAGAACUAUAACUGUCCAUUUAUCUAAUAGGUAACAACAAAACAUAAAAAAAAAAUGAAUUCAACUCUAUUCUCCCGGGUUGAAAAUCACUCAGUUCACUAUAAUGCCUCAGAGAAUUCUCCACUUCUGGCUUUUGAAAAUGAUGACUGCCACCUGCCCUUGGCUGUGAUAUUCACCUUGGCUCUCGCUUAUGGGGCUGUGAUUAUUCUUGGCGUCUCUGGAAACCUGGCAUUGAUCAUAAUCAUUCUGAAACAGAAGGAGAUGAGAAAUGUCACCAACAUUCUGAUCGUGAACCUCUCCUUCUCAGACUUGCUAGUUGCGGUCAUGUGUCUCCCGUUCACUUUUGUAUAUACACUGAUGGACCACUGGGUCUUCGGGGAGACCAUGUGCAAACUGAAUCCCUUUGUACAGUGUGUCUCCAUCACAGUAUCCAUUUUCUCGCUGGUUCUCAUCGCUGUGGAACGGCAUCAGCUAAUCAUCAACCCAAGAGGGUGGAGACCAAACAAUAGACAUGCUUACAUAGGCAUCACUGUCAUUUGGGUCCUUGCAGUGGCUUCUUCUCUGCCCUUUGUGAUCUAUCAAAUUCUGACCGACGAGCCCUUCCAAAAUGUGUCACUUGCGGCGUUCAAGGACAAGUAUGUGUGCUUUGACAAAUUCCCAUCGGACUCUCACAGGCUGUCUUACACGACUCUCCUUCUGGUGCUGCAGUAUUUCGGCCCACUCUGCUUUAUAUUCAUAUGCUACUUCAAGAUAUACAUUCGCUUGAAAAGGAGAAACAACAUGAUGGACAAGAUCCGGGACAGUAAGUACAGGUCCAGUGAGACCAAGCGAAUCAACAUCAUGCUGCUCUCCAUUGUGGUCGCCUUCGCCGUCUGCUGGCUGCCCCUUACCAUCUUCAACACUGUGUUCGACUGGAACCACCAGAUCAUUGCCACCUGCAACCACAAUCUGCUGUUUCUGCUCUGUCACCUCACGGCCAUGAUCUCCACCUGCGUCAAUCCCAUCUUUUAUGGAUUCCUGAACAAAAAUUUCCAGAGAGACUUGCAGUUCUUCUUCAACUUUUGUGACUUCCGGUCUCGAGACGAUGACUACGAGACUAUAGCCAUGUCUACCAUGCAUACGGAUGUGUCCAAGACGUCUCUGAAGCAGGCUAGCCCAGUCGCAUUUAAAAAAAUCAGUAUGAAUGACAAUGAAAAAGUCUGAAGCUGCUCAGAGCAUAUGAUCCCAGGUUAUAUCUGUGGAAAAACAAGCACAGCCUGCCGCAUGCUUUCUUUACCUGUGCUCCCCGGGGGGAACGGAAUGAGGCACGUUUGGAAAGCCCAGGACAUCUGUGUUGGGUUUUACUGCUUUUGGUGUUUGCCAUGAUUACUUAGAAAUCUAGAUUACUUUGUAAUCUAUCUCUGGCAACAGUUUUGACUAGACUUUGUGUGUGUGUGUGUGUGUGUGUGUGUGCGCGCGCGCGCGCGCGCGCGCACAAGAGAGAGAGAGAGAAGG